ACUCGUCGUACAAAGGUUCCUUUUUUCUUUUUUCUUCUCCUUCGCUUUAGGGUUUGAUUCUUCCUUCUCCACCACUCCUUAAUUUCUGCCAAUUGCGAAAAAGAACCUGUCUUUCUCGUCUUGUUGUUUCAAAACCCUAAUUUUCUUACUGUUUUCUCUGUUCAGUCUCUGGUUCUGUACGGAGACGACAAAGACUCUCUGUUCCGUGGAGUUGAAGAAAUUGAACGGAAUGGAGGAAAUUAAGUUGGAAAACGAGAUAAGGCUUUGUGAUGUGAAGGCAAAUAAUAUUCGUAAGACAAUGGAUAUGAUUAAGUCUCAAGCCUCUGAUGUACUUAUCUUGAAUCUCCAAUGGUGUGAUUUUGAGGAACAUCUGAAAUCAGCGAGUGAGAAGUUAGAGUUGAGGUUUAGGGAACUAGUGUUGAAGGAGGUUGAGUUACAGAAUCGAAGCUUUGCUCUUGAAGAAAGGGCUAAAGUGGUUGAAGCAGCGGAAGCUGAGAUGGGUGAUUUAGAAAUGAAAGCUAGUGGUUUUAGGAGUGAAGUUGAAGAGAAAAGAGAGGAAUUGGGUUGUCUUAGGAAGUCUUUGGAAGAGUGUAGUGUAGAGGAAAGGUCAAAGAGAGGUCAACUUAGUGAGAUUGUGGAGUUGUUGAGAAAGAGUCAGGUUGAUCUUGAUUUGAAGGGGGAAGAGUUAAGACAGAUGGUGACUCAUCUUGAGAGAUAUCGCGUUGAGGUUAAGGAAGAGAAGGAGCAUUUGCGUAGGACUGACAAUGGCAGGAGAGAGUUGGAAGAAGAGAUAGAGAGAAAGACGAAAGAUCUCACAUUGGUUAUGAAUAAAAUUGUUGAUUGUGAUAAGCGGAUUGAGACACGGUCCUUGGAACUUAUAAAGACUCAGGGUGAAGUUGAAUUAAAAGAGAAGCAGUUAGACCAGAUGAAGAUUGAUCUUGAGAAAUAUUGUGUUGAUGUCAACGCAGAGAAGAAGAAUUUGGGUAGGACUCAAACUCACAGGAGAAAAUUGGAAGAGGAAAUAGAGAGAAAGACUAAAGAUCUCACAUUGGUUAUGGAUAAAAUUGCAGAAUGUGAGAAGCUGUUUGAGAGACGGUCCUUAGAACUAAUAAAGACUCAGGGUGAGGUGGAAUUGAAGGGGAAACAAUUAGAGCAGAUGGAUAUUGAUCUUGAGAGGCAUCGUGGUGAGGUCAACGUAGUGAUGGAGCAUCUGGAAAAGAGUCAAACUCGCAGUAGAGAAUUGGCAGAGGAAAUAGAAAGAAAGAGGAAAGAGCUUACAGCGGUUCUCGAUAAAACUGCAGAGUAUGGGAAGACGAUUGAGUUGGUGGAAGAAGAACUAGCUUUGCAGCAGAAGCUGCUUGAUAUACGGUCCUCGGAACUUGUUUCUAAAAAGAAAGAGUUGGACGGACUUAGUUUGGACCUUGAGUUGGUUAACUCACUAAAUAACGAGUUGAAGGAGACAGUUCAACGGAUUGAAUCAAAAGGUAAGGAGUUGGAGGACAUGGAAAGGCUGAUUCAGGAACGGAGUGGUCACAAUGAAUCAAUCAAGUUACUACUCGAGGAACACAGUGAAGAACUUGCUAUUAAAGAAGAGAGACACAAUGAGAUAGCGGAGGCUGUUCGUAAACUAUCCUUGGAGAUUGUCUCUAAAGAGAAAACUAUCCAGCAACUCUCUGAGAAACAACAUUCAAAACAGACAAAACUGGAUUCGACAGAAAAAUGUUUAGAAGAAACCACUGCAGAAUUGGUUUCAAAGGAAAAUGAACUUUGCUCUGUGAAAGAUACAUAUCGAGAGUGCCUCCAAAACUGGGAAAUCAAAGAGAAGGAGUUAAAGUCCUUCCAAGAAGAGGUUAAAAAGAUUCAAGACAGCUUGAAAGACUUUCAAUCUAAAGAGGCGGAGCUUGUCAAAUUAAAAGAAUCAUUGACGGAACAUGAGAAAGAACUUGGACUGAAGAAGAAGCAAAUUCAUGUUCGCUCAGAAAAGAUUGAAUUGAAAGAUAAGAAGCUUGAUGCUCGGGAGGAAAGGUUGGAUAAAAAAGAUGAGCAACUGAAAUCCGCAGAACAAAAGUUGGCUAAAUGUGUUAAGGAAUAUGAGCUGAAUGCAAAGAAAUUGGCCAGCUUUUGUCAACAAAACAACCCGGAUCAACAAGUUGACUUGGUGCGAGACGCUAGUGUAUGUGACGAGAAAACUUUGCAGUUACUCUUACGUGGGCAUCUGAAGAAAUGUGAUCAGCUUCACCUCGAUGUUCUGCGUGCUCUAAAAGCAUCUUCUGACCCGGCAAAGCUUGUGUUAAACACAAUACAACGUCUUCACGAAAAGAUGGCAGUAACAAAGCUUGAUCCAGAUAGUGUAAGAAGGGGUAGUAUUUGCUUGCUGGAAUGUUUAAUGGAUAUGUCACCAGAGCCCAAGACUGAAGUACAAGUAGAAGCUAUCAAAUCAGUCACUGAAUGGAAGAACACAACAUUGGUUAAGGCAGAGAAUCCAGUGGAGGUUUUGGGUUUUCUCCACUUUCUAUCUGCAUUCAGUUUGGCCUACACUUUUGAUGCCGACAAAGUCCAAAAUCUGUUUGAUGCCGCCUUUCUUCGCCAAUACGCUCCGAGUCUAUGUGAGGCUCUAGGAGUAUCAUCUCUAGCACCUGUCAACAAUGUACUAUCAUUGGACGAUAAGCCUGAACAGCAGCCCCCUGAAGCACCAAUCAUAAAUAGCAGUGAUUCUCGCAGCACGAAUGUCCAAGAAACCAUAGCAUCAUCUCAUUUGGGUAAUGUAGAUGUUCUUUUGGACCCUGAGGGCUCAACUUCCUUUUCACCCAAUGAGGUCUUUACUGGACUUCAAGGUAUGAUAGAUCCAGCCUCGUAUGUUCUAAAUGUUGUCAACGAUGAACUCUUGGGUGCUCAACAGAGAGGAGAGUUGGGUUUAGCAGAGCCUGUAAUUAAGACUUUGAUUCCCCUUUUGGAGGAGCUACCACGUGUUGUAAAAUCUAGCAAACAUCUUCUUUCAGAUGCACUACAAGUGGCAACUCGAUGGAGCUGGAUGAUGGGAAAUAGUACUCAAAUGUCACCGCUUGAGGCUUGGGGUUUUCUCCAACUUAUUGUGGCAUAUGGAUUGGUGCAUGCAACCAGUCAAGAUAAUACUUUACGAUUUGCCUCAUAUGUUGCUCACUUUAAACAAGCUCCGAAACUCUUUGAAUCUCUUGGUCUCAGUUAUGCCAUGCCAAAUCUGGUUAAAAAACUCCUAGAUGAACGCCAUUACUUUAUGGCAAUCCGGUUUAUCUUUUACUUCAAGCUGAAGUUCAACUUUUCUCCCCUGGAAUUAUUGAAAGACGAGAUCAUCACUCUUAGAGUCUCUACCAAGGAAAAGAGAAGACUUGAUUCACAGGCUGAAGACAGAGAUGCUGCAAAACUGAAAGACAUUAUAGAACUUAUUGAAGACUUCAAGCUGGAUAUUGAUCUUCCUGUGGAACUUAUCGUCAAGUUCAUGGUUCCGCGGGAAAAUCAAAAUGAGAACCAAUAUGUCGUCUCAUCAUUUGUCCCAGUUCAAUCUCCGCAGGUUCAUAUGCAGGCAUCUCAUGGCUCAAACCCGACCUUUCCAACAAGCCUUGGUACAUCACCAAAUCAACAGGUCCUAGACUUGGAAACAUAUCAAGCCGGUGGUUCAAUCGCGUUCCAAGCUCAAUCUUCACACCAUACAGGUUACAAACGAACAAGGAUGGAUCCUUCGGUUUCUAGACCUGUGAUUAGACCGUGCUUCAAUCCAUCAAGCUAUGGCAGAUACUAGUGUUCUAGGGUCAAAGAUAGCCUAGCUAGUAGUUAAAAAGUAAAUAAGUAGUAGUUUUGGUCUAGAUUGGUUUUAUGGUUAAUAGUAGCUCUUAAUCUCCUUCUACAGUCUAAUGUAAAAAGUAUAUGCAGAGGGAACAUCCUUGUUUCAGAAUGAUUAGUUUUUUUUAUAGUUUCUCCAAACUCGAUCUUCAAGACCUUAUAUCUCA